AUGUCCACCCAGUUCCCAGACGGCAAUGCCGCCGACGCGCCCCAUGUGGGAGACGCCUCGGGCAGCGACGCCAACCCUACCGCCGGUGCAACGAUCAGCCCCGGUAAGAGCGCGAGGUCUUUCGCUAGACCUACCGUGGCUUCCACCGCCCGCAGCAGCGCCUUGCCACGCGCUACCGGUCAGCCAACUCUAGCCGCCUAUGAGUACGACGCCAACGGCGAGCCCAGGCUAGUAGGAGAACUUGACGAAGCUUUUGUUAAAGGCUCAACCACGGAAGCUGGAGAGAAACUCUACCAGUUCUGCUUUGACACCGUCCACACCCUACAUAACGACCUCGCCAAUCUUCAAGAGCGCCUGACGGACGCUCAGGAAGACCUCAUCGACGAGCGCGUCGCCAAACUCAACUCCGAAAAGCAGAUGGACCCGUUAGCGUACGCCGCCACCGCUCAGCUACCAAACUUAGCCCCUGACGCUCCGCUGCCCGCCACAACGCAGCGACGAUCUAAACAACCUGAACCCGCGGUCUUUGAGGGCCCUACAGGCACAAAGGCCUCUACCUACCAGAAAUGGAAACUCGACAUGCAGAGCUGGUUCCGUGCCCAUCCGUACCCUUUCGCCAACAACGAGGAGGAGCAACUAGACUACAUCCGCAUGAAAACCACCGGCGUAGCCUGGGAUAAUAUCUCGAGCGGAUGGUUUGUCGAAGGAGACGAGUUCCAUACUGCACAAGAAGCGUGGGAUAUCCUCGACGCCUGCUACGGCCGUUUGAAUACCCGCCUAGAUGCCCACAACUUCUACGAAAAGGAAGGCUUCAUGAAGCCUGGUGAGACUAUCACCUCCUACCUGGCCCGCUUCAAAGCCGGCGUCGCUCCCUUGAAAUGGGACGACGAGGAAAAGACUCUGCAAGCCUACAAGAAGUUGCCAGACCAGUGGCGCAGCCGAGCGGAGCACCUCAUGAGCGACGACACCUUCACCAAGGACUUUGCCAAGUUCAGCCACAAGCUCCGACACCUCGAACAACUUCACUCCGCCCUCCAGCCCUCUCACAACCCUAGCAAGGGUAAUAGUGGAGGUAGCGGUCGUGGCGGCGGCGGCAAUAACCGCAACCGCAAUCGCAACGCCGACAACGCGCAGCCCAAAGGCAGCGGAGCCAACCAAUUUAUUAUCAACAAACCCUACAGGGAGCGCACUGUCAUGGAGACCCAGGUCCUAGCUGAAUUGGAACGCUGCUUCAAGUGCACCCGUGCAGGCCACAAGUCUAACUCCGACGACGCGCCCUGCAAGGACAUGGACAAGCUCACUUCAAUGGGCCGCUACCCCGAAGUCCUCACCGCCUUGAACGAAGCCCGCAAGGCCGCCGGCGUCCCUAUCCCUAAGGCCGCCGUACGCAUUAACGCCGUCCGAGCCCCUACUCCUCCAGCGGCCGCCUCUGACGCCCGCUCGGAAAACGAGUAG